AUGUCGGCGAUACGAAAAGAGUUACAACGUCAAGUGUUUCAAGGCGAAGAUGAAAGGCUACAUACAAUGGUUCAAAUUCUUAAAACUGAUGGAAAAAAGAAAAAACGACCAACAUUUUUAUGUAUUGCUGUUACAAUAGAACAUCCAAUAUCUGUACGAUUAUACUUUGUUAGAGCAGAAAAAGAUGACAGUUUCAAAAAAAAAGAUCGCUAUAACUUGCGAGAGUUGCGAGCAAUCGAUGGUGUGAACCCCAAAAAGGCGUUACCAGAUUUUGUAAUAACAUUUAACGAACGUACCUUCUCUUUGGUUGCUGCUAGCGUGGAAGAAAAAGAAGAAUUCAUUAAAGAGCUUUAUAGAAUAUCAUCUCAUUAUCUACCCGUUCAAAUGCCAGAUUUUUCUGAUUUUCGUGUUCUAUUGGACAAACAUAAUUUGACCGUUGGAGACUCAGAUGUUUUGUCUGACAUUUUAUCGAAUCAUUUACAAUCUCUCGAUGGUGCUAACAUCAAUUCGAUGCUAAGUAGCGAAACUGCUGUCGGAUGUCUGCUCACCUCACUCAAUUCGGCUUUGGGAGAAGUAGAUAAUCUUACAGAAGGAUUAAAGACAUGUGAUUCUAUCUUUGUGGAUGUUCGGAACAGUUUUGAACUCAUGGAAGAGAAAGAUUCACUCGCUAUCGUUGAACGGAAAAACCGAUACCGGUUGAGACAAGAACUCAUGAAUUAUGUGAGUGGAUUGGACGCUGUUACAGAUGCUCACAUCAGAACAUUAGAAGAAUCAAGAUUCGAUGAUCCGAAAAGUAUCGCGAGCUGUGCUGAAGCUGCUCGUGCUGUUUCUCAAUUUUGGAAUGGCCACUUUGCAAGACCUCUCUUGAAUAUGAGUUCUUAUAAAGAACGUAGUAGUUUAGUUGAUAUUACUGAUCUUUUUGUUGAUCGCCUGUUGUCCCAUCUAUCAGCCCUUUUCAAUAAUCUGAAUGAUAUUUCCAUGACAUCUGAUUGGCAUUCUCUCUGUAUUCCCAAGCAAUCUCAACGCUUUCAUGCUUUAUCUCCUUUGAGUGAACUGAUUCUGUGGUUGAAACACAACAAGCCUGCAGCUUACAGUGUUGUCAUGCAACGCUACGUAGAUGCAACCAAGCAAUUGUAUAAAAAGUUAUUUGAUCAAUUCUUUGAGCAAUUGCAUGUUGAAAUUAACAAGCUAAGCUACAAGAGAUCAGAAAGCACAGCUAAUUCAGCUAAAUUGUCGGUUGCUAGUAGUAUCAGCUUUCCAGAUACUUCCAACGAAUUUGAAGAAAUUUCAAAGUUAAUCGAAACUGUUCUUGGGGAGUUAGGUCCUGUAGUUGACUGUGAACAAAAGUUUUGUUUACGUUUCUUCCACAUAACAACGGAUCUUUUGAUGCAAGCUGAAGUAGUUUCUACAGGUUCAGGAGAUAGUUCAACCUUAGGAUCCGCAACGCGAAGUAUCGAGAAAACGAUAAAUGAACAGAUUCGAGCUAUGAUGGGACCAAUUUUCGAUUCUCUGAAUGAACAUCUCAAGAAAUUUGCUGAUGUCAUUUGCAAACAAACACCAAGCAAUGUAUUGGUUCUUUUUGUCAUUCUGUCUAAGAAAAUAUUGAGUCCUCAAGACUCAGGAUCGUAUUUUGCUGUAACAUUCGGAACACUCGUAGUACUCGUCAAGAGGCAACUAGAUUUCUACAUGGAAAACGAACGUAGAGUGUACACGGAUAUAAAGCUAACAAAGAAAGUUCGAGUGGGAAUCCUACCAAGUAUUAUGCGGUUUCAAAGUUUCGUCAUCCAUGCCGAGAGCAUCUUUAAAGAUUUAGAUCGUCGUACUGACAUUGAAAAAUGGUACUCUUUGCUCUGUCGAAGUGUCAUUGAGGGAAUUCAGAAAGUUGCUUGGAAUAGCAGCAACAAAUCUCCACCAAAUGUUGUUCUGUUUGAAAACUAUCAUCAGUUAUACUUGAGCCUUUCUGAGCUAAGGCUUCCUUGCUUAGAUGACAUGAGAAAACUAGCUAAAAAAGAAAAAGAAGAACAGAUUAUGAAUUAUGUUCGCGACAGUCUCGGAAAACCAUUGGAGAAAGUUCAUAUUUUUUUCGAAAACAUCACCAAUGCUAUUACUUUCAACGGUAUUCGCCCAGAAGAAAUAUCAUAUCAACCGCAGUUCAGUCGUCCUGAAUUGAAAAAAGUAAUCAGUCUCUAUCCCGGUAAGGAAGUCAAAAAAGGCUUGGAGCUACUGUACAGAAAAUUAGAGAAACAUCUCGGUGAAAAUUCCUCCUUGUUGCAAGUAGUAUGGCGAGAGUUUCAAGAGCAGUUCAUCAAACAGUUGCAAGGAUAUCAGCUGAUAAUGACAGACUGCUAUCCAGGAGCAAAAGUUGAUUUGGAUGUAUCUAUAGAUGAUAUAUUAUCUUUCUUCUCAUGUAUUGCACAACAACACUGA